CCCAGCGGCUGGAAGGUUAGAGAAGUUUCUGGGCUCCAGGCUCUGGCAUUUAUUGCAGCUCUCACCCAGGAGCAGCAGGGAAAGUUGUACAUAAAGUGCUGGAGAUUGAGAAGUGAGAGAGAAGCUUUUAAAUCUCAGGAUAUUUGGUUUUAUUAUUUUUUUUUUUCUCUCUCCUGACAAGAAGUUUUAUUUUCCUCUCCCCAGUCCUGGGAUCACAGCCAGACAGGAAGCGUUUUCUCGCGGCCAGAGAGCUCCCUCCGUCCUUCCUGCGCUCCUCCAGCUCCCGGUGAUUCAGCCUGAAUUGAUUUUCUCCUCAUCCUUCACCUGGUGCCGGGAAGGAGGGACCAUCCCCGCGCACCCACAUCCCACCCGGGGUGGAUGCGUCUCCUCCGGGACAGGCUCCCGGGGGAAGUUUGCAGCCAGGAGCGGCCGCACAGAGGCUGAGGCUCGGUCGGAGAGCCCCGAGGACACGCUCAGCCCCGUCCGAAGGAAGCCAUGGCCGACAGCCAGAUGCCCUUCUCCUGCCAUUAUCCCGGCAGGCGCAGCCUCCGCGACCCUUUCCGGGAGCCCGGCCUGACCUCGCGCCUGCUGGACGAUGAUUUCGGCUUGUCGCCCUUCCCCGGGGAUCUGACGGCGGACUGGCCCGACUGGGCUCGGCCCCGGCUCACCACCACCUGGCCGGGCCCCCUGCGCGCCGGGCUGGGCCGCACGCCCCCCAUGGCCCCCGCCUACGGCUCCCACUUCGGGGGGUACCCCGAGAGCCGCAGCCCCGCGCCCUUCCCCCGGGAGCCCUGGAAGGUGUGUGUCAACGUGCACAGCUUCAAACCCGAGGAGCUCACCGUCAAAACCAAGGAUGGCUACGUCGAGGUGUCAGGCAAACACGAGGAACAGCAGGUGGAAGGAGGGAUCGUCUCCAAGAACUUCACCAAGAAAAUCCAGCUGCCCUACGAGGUGGAUCCCAUCACGGUGUUCGCCUCCCUGUCUCCGGAGGGGCUGCUGAUCAUCGAGGCGCCGCAGAUCCCCCCCUACCAGCAGUACGGCGAGGGCAGCAGCGGCAGCGAGAUCCCCAUUGAGAGCCAGGAGGCCACCUGCACCUGAGCAGCCAGCGAGCCCCGGCCCCUGUCCCCUGUCCCUUGUCCCCUCCCCGGUCCUGCCAGCCUCGCAGGGAUGGCAGCACCCGCCCCUCGAGCUGGGCCAGGCCACCCCUGCCGGUAGAGAUCUGUGCCCACGGGGCCAAGCAGAAAGGAUGCUCCUCCUCCUUAUGGUUAUUGUUUGUUCCGAGUCGCUCGGACGGGAUAUUUAUAACAGUAGCAAAAAAAAAGGGCCUGUUUUUUUUCUUUAAAAUUGACAUGGAAACCCGUAGCUCUUUGUCUUUUCCUCCUCCAUGAGUUUUUUUUUUUUUUUUUAACUACAUCUCUGCAAAGGACACGCGUCCAGCAGCGGAGCUUGGUGGCGUGGCCUCCAUCCUGAGAAAAGGUCUGUCUGCUUUGAACCUUGGUUUGGGGUUUUGGUGUUGGAUUUUUGUUUUUUGUCUUUUCCUUAUUUCAAAAGAGAAUUUGUGCUUUUACUUGUCAGACCUGAGGAAUAAAACCCAGUUGAUGUUCUUA